AUGAACGACGAGGACGAAGGCCAACAAUCGACUGAUCGUGGCAAUGACAACACUGUCCCUCAGCCUACGCGGAAUGAUACACCCGUCCCAACAGCGCCCGACAAUGAGCGCAAGCAAGGCAGCAAACCCACCACGCCGACGGAAAUAGCACAGCACCAGACAGCCAGUCAGGGCAACAACGAUCUACGCAUUCGAGUUCGAGCGCUGAUACCUUCACGAAUCGCAUCGGACGUGAAGAACGAUGGCCUUGACCACGCCACAGAUACGCUUCUACGAGACGAGAGGACAAGAAUGGACCUCGACAUUUCGGGACAGCUCGUCAUUCACCACAUGCGACGCGACAACUCCAAACUGGAAGGACCUGCUGAUGAGCCUGGCUGGACACCGGACGAAUACGACAGAUGGCUGGACGAGCAAGAAGAAAGCAAUGGAGGUUCAUAG